UUUUACUUCUGUAUUUAUUUAUCGAUAAAAAUCACGCGAAAAUAAAAUAAAAUUCUUUUACGACAAACCAAUUAAGGGACAGUUUACGGUAGAACCUGUCAUUCAAUUGUAUUUGUAAACAAUAACCUUACAAAUGAGAUUGUAGUAAUUUUAAAGAGUUAUUCUGAUGUGUCAUUGAAAUGAAUGACAUUGAAGAUGAAGAAAAAGUUGUCACAGCGUGGCACAAAGCAUUUAAAACAGGAACUGAUUAUGAUCUAUGGGGCCAACCUGUUGAAGCCAUAGAGGAUUACAAAAGGUUGUCUAAGCAGUUGCAGAAAUUUUCAUCUCCUGAUAGCUCCACAUUCACAGAUGAACAAAAGAGGAUCCUGGGAAAGAUAGCGCUUUGUCUUGAGCUGAGAUGUGAAGCUUUACAGAAACCAGGUUCUGCAGAAGGAAUAUCCUUAGAUGAUUUAAAGAAAAUAGAAACAACUUUAAAGAAUUUAUUUAAGCAGAGGUCAAAAGAUUUUCCUGUAGAUGUACUUGCAGCACAAAUAGAAUCUCAGAAUAAACACCCAGAAAAAUUGUUACCUGAUCUAGAUAAUGAAGAGGAUAGACAGCCACUUAGAGAAAGAGGUAGCCUGCUUCCAGAGCCAAUGUCAUUUGGUGGGAAACCAGUAUUGUCUAUACGAAUACUCAAGAUUGGCCUGAAGGAUGCCAAGCAGUAUAUAGAUCCAUUCAUUUCUGUCUACGUAAAAGAUAACCUUGGUGCCGACUUAACAACACAUCAGGACACUCCUGUUGCCAAUUGUAAAGAAGAUACCUAUGUUGUGUUCAAUGUUGAUGUUCACGUCCAGAAAACUUUAGACAGUCUUCCGCCAGGCUAUGCCAUUUUCUUUGAAUUCAAACACUACAAGCCAAAGAAAGGUAGUGUAAGUACACGGUGCUGGGCCUUCAUGGAGAGUGAUGAAAUCAAAGAGGGAUCAGCUGUACUUGAACUGUAUAAAAAGCCAGCAAAUUACAAGCGUAAGAAUCUACAGCUGUUCACAGUUAAACCACUGUAUCUCCAUCUAAAACUCACCAUCAACACAUAAACAGGCGCAAACACUGACGUCCUGGAUGCUUCACCAGAACUGAUAUUGGGACUUGGAGAAAGUUUUUUUCAUGAAAUUUUUAGAAAUAUAACAAACAUGCCAGUGGAAUGCAUUUAAAUAGUAACUAGUCUUGCAUAUAUAAUAUUGAAGAGUGUAAACUUGUCAUUUGUUAUUUAUCAGGGUUUGUUAUUUUCAGAUUGUUUGGUACAGUUUUAUAAUAUUUCAUACAUAGUUUUCAUGUCUAUACCAGUAAUUUUGACAAACCUAUACACUCCAGACUUAGUAAUAGAGUUGAUGGUUUGAUUUGUUUCUAUUUAAUUACUGACAUGAAAUCCAAUCUAGAUACUAAGUCUGGAGCUUGGUGAAAAACACUGAUGUCCUUUGGUUGACAUAGAAAAUAAUCAAGGACCUUAUCAUCUGAGUUAAGAUAUGCAGGAAUUUAAUCACAAUUGCAUAAGUCAAGAGGUUAAAUAUCCAAGCAUAUGAAUGAUGAACCAUGGUGUAUUAGACAAUAAACCACAAAAAAAAGCAUUAGUUAUGCUCAGAAAAAAAGUUAUACAAAAAAUACUGAUUAACCUUUAUUGCAUGGUAAUAAAUGCUGACAUCAUGUGGCAAAAUUUGGUGCUUUUCAACACUGAUUUUCUUAUUGGUUUGGACAAACAAAUCAUGUCAUGUUACAAUGUUUCAUAAUUUAUAAAAUUUUGUUCAGAAUUUUAUGUGUUCUGUGACAAAAUUGCUGAUUUGUAAUUGUAAGAUGGAACAGACAUAGCCAUAGUAAUAUUUUGCUCAAGACUUUAUUGUUGAUUUAAGGUACAGUGUGUCUUAAUGUUUAUGUUGAUUUAAGCUCUAACAUGUCUCAAUGUUUAUAUUGAUUUAAGCUACAGGAUAUCUUAUUUUUGUAGGGGGUUGUGAGCAUUUCACUUCUAAAUUAAGACUUGGUAUCUAAUAAUGUCUGACCCCCUAACCAAGGGGUUGAUGUCAUCCUGCUUUUGUAAACAGAUGUUUUUAGCUCACCUGUCACAAAGUGACAAGGUGAGCUUUUGUGAUCGCGCGGUGUCCGUUGUCCGUCGUCCGUCCGUCCGUGCGUCCGUGCGUCCGUCCGUCCGUAAACUUUUGCUUGUGACCACUCUAGAGGUCACAUUUUUCAUGGAAUCUUUAUGAAAGUUGGUCAGAAUGUUCAUCUUGAUGAUAUCUAGGUCAAGUUCGAAACUGGGUCACGUGCCAUCAAAAACUAGGUCAGUAGGUCUAAAAAUAGAAAAACCUUGUGACCUCUCUAGAGGCCAUAUAUUUCAUAAGAUCUUCAUGAAAAUUGGUCAGAACGUUCACCUUGAUGAUAUCUAGGUCAAGUUCGAAACUGGAUCAUGUGCCAUCAAAAACUAGGUCAGUAGGUCUAAAAAUAGAAAAACGUUGUGACCUCUCUAGAGGCCAUAUAUUUCACAAGAUCUUCAUGAAAAUUGGUCAGAACGUUCACCUUGAUGAUAUCUAGGUCAAGUUCGAAACUGGGUCAUGUGCCAUGAAAAACUAGGUCAGUAGGUCAAAUAAUAGAAAAACGUUUUGACCUCUCUAAAGGCCAUAUUUUUCAUGGGAGUUGUAUGAAAGUUGGUCUGAAUGUUCACCUUGAUGAUAUAUAGGUCAAGUUCGAAACUGGGUUACGUGCGGUCAAAAACUAGGUCAGUAGGUCUAAAAAUAGAAAAACCUUGUGACCUCUCUAGAGGCCAUAUAUUUCAUGAGAUCUUCAUGAAAAGUGGUCAGAAUGUUCACCUUGAUGAUAUCUAGGUCAAAUUCAAAAAUGGGUGAAGUGCCGUCAAAAACUAGGUCAGUAGGUCAAAUAAUAGAAAAACCUUGUGACCUCUUUAGAGGCCAUAUUUUUCAUGGGAUCUGUAUGAAAGUUGGUCUGAAUGUUCAUCUUGAUGAUAUCUAUGUCAAAUUCGAAAGUGGGUCACGUGCCAUCAAAAACUAGGUCAGUAGGUCAAAUAAUAGAAAAACCUUGUGACCUCACUAAAGGCCAUAUUUUUCAUGGGAUCUGUAUGAAAAUUGGUCUGAAUGUUCAUCUUGAUAAUAUCUAGGUCAAGUUCGAAAGAGGGUCAUGUGCGGUCAAAAACUAGGUCAUUAGGUCUAAAAAUAGAAAAACCUUGUGACCUCUCUAGAGGCCAUACUUUUGAAUGGAUCUCCAUGAAAAUUGGUCAGAAUGUUCACCUUGAUGAUAUCUAGAUCAAGUUUGAAACUGGGUCACGUGCCUUAAAAAAUUAGGUCAGUAGUCAAAUAAUAAAAAAACGUUGUGACCUCUCUAGAGGCCGUACUUUUCAUGGGGUCUGUAUGAAAGUUGGUCUGAAUGUUCAUCUUAAUGAUAUCUAGGUCAAGUUUGAAACUGGGUCAACUGCGGUCAAAAACUAGGUCAGUAGAUCUAAAAUUAUUAAAAUCUUUUGACCUCUCUAGAGGCCAUAUUUUUCAAUGGAUCUUCAUUAAAAUUGAUCUGAAAGUUCACCUUGAUGAUUUGUAGGUCAGUUUCAAAACUGGGUCAUGUGCGGUCAAAAAAUAGGCCAGUAGGUAUAAAAAUAGAAAAACCUUGUGACCUCUCUAGAGGCCAUAUUUUUCAUGAGAUCUUCAUGAAAAUUAGGGAGAAUAUUCACCUUGAUGAUAUCUAGGUAAAGUUUAAAACAGGGUCACAUACCUUCGAAAACUAGGUCAAUAGGUCAAAUAAUAGAAAAACCUUGUGACCUCUCUGGAGACCAUAUUUUUCAAUGGAUCUUCAUGAAAAUUGGUCAGAAUUUUUAUCUUGAUAAUAUCUAGUUCAAUUUAUUUUAAUGAAUUUUGGUCAGAAUGAUUGCCUUGAUGAAAUCUAGGUCAGCUUCGAAUAUGGGUUAUCUAGGGUCAAAAAGUAGGUCAUUAGGUCAAAUUAAAGAAAAACCUUGUGUAUGCGAUAGAGGCUAUAUUUUUCAAUUGAUCUUCAUGAAAUUCAGUCAGGAUGAUUGCCUUGAUAAAAUCUUGGUCAAGUUUGAAUAUGGGUCAUCUUGGGUCAAAAAUUAGGUCACUAGGUCAAAUCAAAGAAAAACCUUGCGCAUGCAAUAGAGGCUGUAUUUUUCAAUUGAUCUUUAUGAAAUUUGGUCAGAAUUAUUGCCUUGAUAAAAUCUAGGUAGAGUUCGAAUAUGGGUCAUCUGGGGUCAAAAACUAGGUCACUAGGUCAAAUAAAAGAAGUACUUGUGUUUGCUCCAAUUUUAAUGAUACUUGGUCAGAAUAUUUUUUUCCAUGCAAUCACUAGGUCUAUGUUUACACUGUUAUGGUGUAUUAUGGUGUGUUUCUCAGGUGAGCGACCCAGGGCCAUCUUGGCCCUCUUGUUUAUUGUUGUUUCUACUGGUAAUUAUAUAUCUGCUACAUAUGAAAUAACGAUGUUCAAAGCUGUUUUAGGCAUGAACUCAAGUGAAAGUGUAUACAUGUAACUCCCAGUGAAAAACACUGUAAAUAAGCACAUUCUGUAUUUAGUAAGCUUUAAUUGUUGUAUUGAAUGGUAUGAAAUACCUGGUCCUGUUUGUUUUAAAUGUUGUGAUUCACUUGCCAAACCUGUGUUUUAGAGAUAGAUGAUUUCCUCAAAGAAAGUAGAAGUUUUUAUUUUUAUACAUCUUUUAUCUGAGUGAAAAAGAUGCAUCUUGCACAAUUUAGAAAGCCACAAAUCAAGAUAUUCCAUUACUCUGAUUAUGAAUUGACACUCAAUAGUUUUUAGACCCCUACCUGUGGAAUACUGGAAGGGACUUAGUCUCCUUCUAUCUGCCCAUCCGCCUGCCCAUCCGUCCAUCAGCAAAUCUGGAUCUUGCAAUUACUCAAAAGAUAUUCAAGCUAGGUUCAUAAAACUUGGUCUGUGAAUAGAAGGCAAUGUGUAGAUUAUGCACAUACAUGGCUUACACUUGUAGGUAAUAGAUCAUGGUUUCUAUUGAUGAUCAAGUAAAAAUUGCUUUCACUCCAUAACUUUUAUAUGCAUUGAUGGAUUGUCUUAAUACUACAUACAAACAUUCCCCAUGAUAAGACAAUGUGUCCACACAUGGUUGAUACUUGUCAGUUAAAGAUCAAGGUCACUGUUUAAGGUCAAGUAAAAAUUUGUUUCCGCUCCAUAACUUUUAUAUGCAUUGAAGGAUUUUCUUACAACUACACUGAAAUGUUCCCAAUGAUUAGACUGUGUGUCACAUGACCAGUGGUUCUCAGUCAAAUGUGAAGGUCACUAUAAUUGAAGGUCAAGUAAAAUUGUUUCUGCUCCAUAACUUUUAUGUGCAUUGAUGGAUUAUCUUUGUACUGCACACAAAUGUGUCGCAUACAUGAUCUAUGCUUGUAGGUCAAGGUCACUAUUGAAAUUUGAGUAAAAAGAGUUUUUGUUAUUUAGCUCCUAAAUGCCUUCAAGCAUAUUUAGUCCUAAAACUGUUGCCAACAACCACAAGGGACAAACACUAACAAAGUUUUCCACCUGUAGGGGACUUCUGUAUUGCCACUGCAAUACUUGUGUCACUUGUUGCUUUAAGGCCUGUCUGUAUUCAGCACAUUUUUUACUGGGCUACAGUAAAAACUUGAAAAGCAAAAAUCUCAUGAACUUUAGUUCUGAUUUCUUGUAAUAAAAUAGUUUUCUUUUUUAAACUAUUUCCCAUAACUAAAGUAAAAUAAAUUCAGGAUGUGAUAAAACACACAUUGAACAACCUGCAAGUCAGUAGUCAAAACUAUUUGUCAAAGGGCAAUCAUUUUGACUACUGCCCCUCAAGUCUUUAAAAAUGUUUAUUAUAAACACAUUGUGGCAACUCAUGCCUGAAAACAGCUCUUGAAAAUAGAAAGGUAUUUUUAGAUAUUGACAGGAUUUGUGUAGGUUCUUUUAAGAACAAGAGGAGAAAAUUUGUAAACCGCAUUCCAAGAGAUGUUUUUCUUCUUGAAUCAUAAUGUAUAUAUUUUUUCCUUUACAGAUAGUUUAUAUAUACAAUGAAAUGUGCUUCAGACUUUUAUUAUAUACAGAUCUUUGUGUUGUUUGAUUGUGUUUUAGGCAGUUUAGGAGUUUUUGUUUGACAUAUAGAGCCAUGUGACCCCCACCCCACAGUUAUGCAACUUGUCAGUACAUUUUAUAUUUGAGAAAGCAUCUUCUUAUGUCUGAAAUAACGCUUGUCAGUCACAAUAUCCAUUGAGUUUUAAGCAGCAUUGUUAAUAAAAACAGUCUGCAAAAUAUAUAACUGUAGGGAAGUGUUUUUCUCCUUUAAGGUAGUUCUUCACAUUUCAUCAGAAGUCAUGGCUUAAUGUCCUUUACAUAUGUAUGGGUUGUGAGAAGUUUCUUAAAAAAUUACAUUUUUAGACUUUUUCUAUUUGUAAGAAUGUCAUCAAAAGUUGAUUUUCCGUACUUUUAUUAUGAAAACUUCCUUGAUUUCACAUUUUUUCAAAUCCGUCCAGCAGAAAAUUAUGCAUACUACCCAGUUUUUUUUAUUGGCUGAAGUAAUGCACUGAAAAAUUAAGGACAAGUCAAUUCUACAUUGUAGAUGAAGUUAUGGUCAGAGCAGAACUACAUGUGACUGAUUUAGUUGUAUUUGAAAAAAAAAUCUGGUAUAAAGUCUUUAUUAAUUUUUUAUAGUUUAAAUAAGUGUGUAACUAAAAGGGAACCAAGUUAUUAAGUGCUUUUGUUUUCAAAGAAAAUGUCUUCCAUUUGCAACACCCCUCUUUUUUGGCGGGAGGUUGCUUGUAUUGUUGCUUGGCAAAGAACAUUGUCACAGAGAAACUUUCUAACAACUGUUUUCAAUUAUUAAAUGUCAUUUUAGUCUAGGUGGUUAUUUUAUGGUAUUUCUAUCCAUUAACCAAUCACAGUAUUCAGGUACAAUCGCACCAUCAAAGGGAGGUAACAUAAUUACAAAAUAUUAGAAUAACCUGUUGAUAACCAUAUCUAGAUAUAUUAAAGUGAUUUGAGAAUGGAUAUAAGAAAAUGAAAACAAUUAAACUGUAAGAAAAUAAGUAAGAUGAAGGAAAUGUUUCAUAGGAGUAAUCUAGUAUAAAUCCUUUAUUAAUUUCUCUAAACAAGGCUGUUUUUUAUGUUUCAGCAUUUACCUGAAGAAUGUGUCGUGGCCUCUUUUAAGGUCAAAGUCAAGGUGACAGCAUAUUUAAUACAUAGUCUCCGCUGGCAUGGGGGAAUCCUGUGUGACACAUACAUUUUAUAAACAGCUCUUGUAUUAUUUUUGUUGACUGGUUACAGUUGUAUACAAUUUCUUUUACAUUUUUUGUCAUUUCCCUAUAUCCAAAAAAUAAAUUGUAUAACAAAAUUUCUUUGUGGUAUGGUUAGAUAUUGCAUACUAAUUAACCUUUCUGUGUAAAUGAAGCAGUAUGGGGAGAUAUUUGCUUUUACUAAAAGCAAAUUCUUGUACUGUUUCGUUUUUAUGAUGUAAAGUGUGUUAUUAUAGUUUAGUUUUACUGUAUAACCUCAGGUAGGGUAUGUUCAGUGACAUUUACAGUCUGUGUUAAAUGUGGAUAUAUUUUCAUUUGCUGCUAGAUCUAUAUUGCUAUACAAUUACAGGAACAGUGUCACCUUAUUAAUAUGGAGAGCUAUGUGGUCUUUAGAGGGGACAGAAUUUCUGCUGUAUCACAUUUGUCAAAACAUCUUUCCAUAUUAGAUAACUUGUGAUGGUAUUAUUGACAUGUAGUCCAGCACUGUAUUCAUUACUGUAAAGAAUAAUGACAUUAUGUAGUGUCUCUGUUAAUGUUGAAUGUUCAUUGUUUCCAGACUGUGCACUCAAAAUGCUGAGUGUUCACUGGUUCCAGACUGUGCACUCUAAAUGAUGAAUGUUCAUUGGUUCCAGACUGUGCACUGUAAAUGCUGAAUGUUCACUGGUUCCAGACUGUGCAUUGUAAAUGCUGAAUGUUCAUUGUUUCCAGACUGUGCACUCAAAAUGCUGAAUGUUCACUGGUUCCAGACUGUGCACUCUACAUGCUGAAUGUUCAUUGGUUGCAGACUGUGCACUGUAAAUGCUGAAUGUUCACUGGUUCCAGACUGUGCACUGUAAAUGCUGAAUGUUCAUUGUUUCCAGACUGUGCACUCCAAAUGCUGAAUGUUCAUUGUUUUCAGACUUGCACUCUAAAUGCUGAAUGUUCAUAGGUUUCAGACUGUGCACUCUAAAUGCUGAAUGUUCAUUGUUUUCAGACUGUGCACACUAAAUGCUGAAUGUUCAUUGGUUCCAGACUGUGCACUGUAAAUGCCUAAUGUUCACUGGUUCCAGACUGUGCACUCAAAAUGCUGAAUGUUCACUGGAUCCAGACUGUGCACUCUAAAUGCUGAAUGUUCAUUGUUUCCAGACUGUGCACUCUAAAUGCUGAAUGUUCAUUGUUUUUAGACUGUACACUCUAAAUGCUGAAUGUUCACUGGAUCCAGAAUAUGCAGUGUAAAUGCUGAAUGUUCACUAGUUCCAGACUGUGCAGUGUGCACUUUAAAUGCUGAAUGUUCACUGGUUUCAGACUGUGCACUGUAAAUGCUUAAUGUUCACUGGUUCCAGACUGUGCACUCAAAAUGCUGAAUGUUCACUGGAUCCAGACUUUGCACUCUAAAUGCUGAAUGUUCAUUGUUUCCAGACUGUGCACUGUAAAUGCUGAAUGUUCAUUGUUUUCAGACUGUGCACUCUAAAUGCUGAAUGUUCAUUGGUUCCAGACUGUGCAGUGUGCACUGUAAAUGCUGAAUGUUCAUUGUUUCCAGACUGUGCACUCUAAAUGCUGAAUGUUCAUUGUUUUCAGACUGUGCACUCUAAAUGCUGAAUGUUCAUUGGUUCUAGACUGUGCAGUGUGCACUCUAAAUGCUGAAUGUUCACUGGUUUCAGACUGCACUGUAAAUGCUUAAUGUUCACUGGUUCCAGACUGUGCACUCAAAAUGCUGAAUGUUCACUGGAUCCAGACUGUGCACUCUAAAUGCUGAAUGUUCAUUGUUUCCAGACUGUGCACUCAAAAUGCUGAAUGUUCAUUGUUUUUAGACUGUACACUCUAAAUGCUGAAUGUUCACUGGAACCAGAAUAUGCAGUGUAAAUGCUGAAUGUUCACUAGUUCCAGACUGUGCAUUGUAAAUGCUGAAUGUUCACUGCUUAUAGACUGUGCACUGUAAAUGCUGAAUGUUCACUGGUUCCAAACUGUGCACUGUAAAUGCUGAAUGUUCACUGCUUAUAGACUGUGCACUGUAAAUGCUGAAUGUUCACUGAUUCCAGACUGUGCACUGUAAAUGCUUAAUGUUCACUGGCUCCAGACUGUGCACUGUUAAUGCUGAAUGUUCACUGGGGUUAGACUGUGCACUGUAAAUGCUGAAUGUUCACUCGUUUUAGACUGUACACUCUAAAUGCUGAAUGUUCAUUGGUUCCAGACUGUGCACUGUAAAUGCUUAAUGUUCACUGGUUCCAGACUGUACACUCAAAAUGCUGAAUGUUCACUGGAUCCCGACUGUGCACUCUAAAUGCUAAAUGUUCAUUGUUUCCAGACUAUGCACUCUAAAUGCUGAAUGUUCAUUGUUUUCAGACUGUACACUCUAAAUGCUGAAUGUUCAUUGGUCCCAGACUGUGCACUGUAAAUGCUGAAUGUUCAUGGUACCAGACUGUGCACUGUAAAUGCUGAAUGUUCACUGGUUCCAGACUGUGCACUCAAAAUGCUGAAUGUUCACUGGAUCCAGACUGUGCACUCUAAAUGCUGAAUGUUCACUGGAUCCAGACUGUGCACUCUAAAUGCUGAAUGUUCAUUGUUUCCAGACUGCACUCUAAAUGCUGAAUGUUCAUUGUUUUCGGACUGUACACUCUAAAUGCUGAAUGUUCAUUGGUUCCAGACUGUGCACUGUAAAUGCUGAAUGUUCAUUCGUUCCAGACUGUGCACUGUAAAUGCUGAAUGUUCAUUGGUUUUAAACUGUACACUCUAAAUGCUGAAUGUUCAUUGGUUCCAGCCUGUGUACUGUAAAUGGUGAAUGUUAACUGGUUUUAGGCUGCACACUGUAAAUGUAAAUGCUGAAUGACUGUGCACUUUAAUGGGGCAAGUAUAGUAUAGUUAGAUGUGCAUUUAUUUUUCAAGCUGCUUAGCCAUUAAUCAGACUUCUGAAGUCAUUCCAUCCAUUUAAUAUGCAUAUUAUAUAGAAAAAUUUAUAUUUUUGUCAGAAUUUUUCCUUUUUAUAUUACAUGUAUACUCAAUUAAAAUUUAAAUAAAAUGUUGUAACAAAA